GCAAUCAAUACAUUUCCUCAUACUACAUCAAGCUUGCAAAUCAUCAUCAACACUUAGCAACCAAACCUUUCAGCUCAAAACUCACACCACAUAAUAACACCACUCCCAGAUCAAAAUGUACUUCACAACUAUCGCUACCCUCGUCGCCUCCUUAGCUCUAACCUCCGCACUCCCUCUCUCUCCACCUCUCAACACAGCGUCUCUUACCUUUCAUGGUGCUGCAGGUGCUCAAUACACAUUGUCUGUUCCGCUCGAUGGUUCGACUACCAGCACCAACAAUGCCUUGAGCAUUUCUUCUAUCUCUACAGAUGGCUUUGAUGUACAGAACAACUGUAGGAUUCAUGCCGUGGACUACACACCCGCUUUGGUCCAAGGACCACCAAAUACAUGGCAAGUCGGACCACCUCAAACGAUCAUCGAUAUCUCCUGUACAAGCGGAGGUUCUCCUUCGGGUCAAGUGAUCAGCAUCGAAUUAGAUGGAGCUGCAGAUGCAAAAUAUUUCAUUAGUGUACCACUUGGCGGAGGACCAGUUUAUACCAACAACGCUCUCUCAAUCUCCCAAGUCCGCUCCACAUAUAAUAUCCCCAACUGCAAAUUCGAUACAGUCGAUUACACGCCAGCCUUUGUACAAAUCGCUAGUGGUGUUUGGAACAUGGGACCUCCACAGACUGUUAGAAGUGUUUCUUGCCCUGCAUAGAUAAACUUGUGCUCACUCGCUUCCCCUAAUAACCAUCAAGCUUCUUCGACUCUCGAGUCACGAGUAAGGAACA